AGUGUGUCAUCACUAACACCAUCACUUAAUCAUUCGACGUCUUUACAUUUGUUGCAUAGCCUACAAAGUAUUUCACUGAGACUUUUAGUCCCGAAACAUUAAUCAACACAGAAGAUUCGUCUUUGAUUCUGCCUGAUAUAUUAAUCAUACCCAGCCAAAGAACCUUCUGCAUUCGAAGUGUUUUUGAUCGUUGUCAGAUUGGGGGAUCAAAACAAAUUCUACUUCGACCCACCAGUGCAGCCACCCUAAUAAUUGUUAUAUCUGCUAUCUAUUUUCUUCACAAGAUGUCAGGAGUACAAGAUAAGAUGGGUUCCUCUACAUUGAUACCCUAUCCUAACUUAGAUACAACCUCUAUGUUUUUGAUUGAAAACGAGCCGAGGAGGUAUGGCCAAUUAUGGACGUUUUGGGAGAGAGGACUACUUCUUCUAGUUAUAGACUGGUACCGCGGGGGAGAAUCUUCUGAACCAUAUCCUCCUGCACUCUGGAAGGCAGCCGAAGAUCGAAUUUCAGUUCAGAGUGUCUUCCAUGAAUGGGCAAUGUUUCUUAAUGAUAAGCCCAAUGGAUUGGAAACUUCAGGAAUUCUCGCUGGAAAUCAGGGAUAUACUGAAUCUCAAAUAUUCAGGUGCUGGCAAAGGCUCAAAGAAGAGCAAUCUCGAAAACAGGCCAUCGCUACGUUACUUCUAAAGAUUUUACCACUCGUGGGGACACUGGAAGCCGAGUUCAACGUCAAAAUAUGUUAUAUAAAGCAUGAUAAACUACCAGGAAAACAGGAUCAAAGCAACAGCGAACAUGUGAAUGAUGGAACCUGGGGACAAUACAAAGUCGACUUUUCAAGUGCACACUUGAAUGCGCCUUAUGCUUUGAGAAUCUGGCAAAGUUUAGUUGAGAAGAGGGAGGAGAGAGAGAGGCAAUAUGAUUUAGCCGUACGACAAACGAGACACGUUCUCGGACUUGGUUUACCAGUGGUCGAUUUGUGGGACCCAGACCUACAACAAGUAUUUGGAUCAAUGAGAAGGGACAUGUAAACGAACAAAACCCGUAUCGGCCAGCCCUUUGAGCUCUCCAAAGUAAAUUUCUUCUACCCGCCUACAAUCCAAGGCAGAAUCACACACUUGAUCUCGAGCUUAACAUGAUGACAGAAUAAGCAGAAGAGCA